GGGGCCGCCUCGGCCCCGCCUUGGGCCGCGCUGCCGGAGGCGGGCGGUGGCGGGCAGCGCUGCCAUGCGUUUUCGGGCUAAGAUCGUGGAUCUCGCCUGCCUCAACAACUUCAGCCGUGUAAUUAACACGAUCGCCAAGUUAGCGAAGACCUGCACGCUGCGUCUCACUGCGAGCAAGCUGUAUUUCAUCCUCUGCGAUAAAGUCGCAAAUGGAGGGGUCAGCAUGUGGUGUGAGCUGUGCCAGGGGAAUUUCUUUGAUGAAUUUCAGAUGGAAGGAGUAGCUGCGGAUCACAAUGAAAUCUAUUUAGAGCUCACACCUGAGAACCUGUCGAGAGCAUUAAAAACUGCCCAGAGUGCUAAGGCAGUGAAGAUCAAGUUGACUAACAAACACUGUCCUUGUCUCAAAGUUUCUGUGGAGCUACCAUCCUUAUCAAGCAGCAGUAGGAUUGUGACACAUGACAUCCCUGUGAGGGUUAUUCCCAGAAGAUUAUGGAAUGACUUCAGAGAGCCCAGUGUGCCAGACUUUGAUGUCAGUAUUUACCUACCAGCACUGAAAACAAUGAAGAGUGUUGUGGAGAGAAUGAAGAAUCUCAGCCAUAGCAUUGUGAUUGAAGCGAACUUGAAUGGAGAAAUGAAUUUAAAAAUAGAAACUGAUUUGGUAUCUGUAACAACACAUUUUAAAAACUUGGGAAAUCCUCCCUGGGCAUCAGAGGAUGGAUGUCAAAGCUCUGCUCAAGACAGAGAUCUGGAAAGCAUGGCUGAGGCACGCAUAGACAUCAAGAAGUUGCAGCAGCUGCUUGCUGGACAGCAGGUCAAUCCCACAAAAGCCUUGUGCAAUAUCAUAAGUAAGAGAAUUGUCCACUUUAUCUUGCUCCAUGAGGAUGUUUCCCUUCAGUAUUUUAUUCCAGCGCUUGCCUGAAUGAUUCAGAAUCACAGUCAUUUUCCAUCCUGAGGCUCUGUCCACAAAGGGGGAAAAGAAAUAUCAGUGUUACCUGUUUGAGUUGUAUAUAAAUUCCUGACUUUUUUUUUUUGAUUAUAGACUGCUUGCUCUGUAAAUGUUACUGUACCCCCUCUAUAAGAUGGGGUUGGGUGGGGGAAAAGGAUCACUGGUUUUUCAUUUUGUAAAAUGUAAGACAUAAUUAAACAAUUUAGGCAAAUA